AUGAAUGCGCCCAGCCUCAGGCCAGCGUGGGCACCGGUGCGAAGCCUCCAGAGGGACUGGGGGGGCGUCGGCUCAGCCCUGGACCCGCCCCCGAGCCCCCAUUGGUCCGGCCACCGAGGGCGGUGCAGACAGCGGGCUCGGCUGAGGCUCCUCGCGGGUCCGCCUUGCGAACGCCACCGAGCUCGCCAGCCGCGAAAGCCGCUGCCCGGACUCGGCCUCCGCAGGACUUGCGGCCCGGCAGGGACAGGCAGGGUGCCCCUCACCUUGGGAUCACCUCGUGGUAACUGCACAGAGCAGGAACCCCAGAAAAGACCUGUGCCGUCUGUCCCUGCAGAUGACAUCCACGGCUCCCAUGGCCGACAGGUUUGCCGGCGGCACGAGCUCUACGUCAGCUUCCAGGACCUGGGCUGGCUGGACUGGGUCAUCGCCCCCAAAGGCUACUCGGCCUUCUACUGUGAGGGAGAGUGCUCCUUCCCGCUGGACUCCUGCAUGAACGCCACCAACCACGCCAUCCUGCAGUCCCUGGUGCACCUGAUGAAGCCAGAUGCAGUCCCCAAGGCGUGCUGUGCACCCACCAAGCUGAGUGCUACCUCUGUGCUCUACUAUGACAGCAGCAACAACGUCAUCCUGCGUAAGCACCGCAACAUGGUGGUCAAGGCCUGUGGCUGCCACUGAGGCCCUGCCCACAUGCUCUCCUGCAGCCAUUCCUCCCUGGAUCAGGACCCUCUGCAGAGGCAGGAAACCCUCAACCCUGAGAUGCUGUCACAGCUCAGACAUGAGUAGUGGGACACUCACUUCCUGUUCACUUCCUGCCAGGCUUCUGGUCCUUUCCAGGUCUGUCUUUCUGCUCCUUGUGGGGUUGUGGCUAGCUGUCCCCCAACCACCUGGGACCAAAUGCACACAGCAGGUCACAGCUGUGCCAACUGCACUGUCUGAAGUCCACACUGAAGUCCUAUCUUAGGCCCUCCUGUGCCUUCCUGGCCCAGACUAUGGCCAACCCUGGGAGGUCUGAGAGCUGCUAGAGCCCUAGGUGGACUGACUUGGGCCCCAUGCCCACAGGGUCUGAGUGUGGAUGGCUCUGCUCCUUCCCAGGUGCAGCACAUGGACACUUCCAGGGCAUAGUUAGCCCUGCUCGUGGCCUCACUACAGUGUUUUUAGAUUUCUCUAACUUGGCCCAUGGGCACAGUUGGCUUAUCAGCAAAAGAAGCUGGCUGGGCCCCAUGACUGAAGGUGAAGCUUGGGGGUCCUUGAGAGCAUGUGUCUUCCUCUGCUUUGCCCUUCUGCCUGGGGAAGAGCAUGACUACCAGAGAAGCAAAGAACCUUGGGGUCUUUACCGAACUGACCCACUUGGGGAUGAGCACUGAGACGGUUACCUCUAGGGAGAAGCAAGGACAGUGGCUCCAGGGGUGGCCCAGGCUGGCAUACAGCAGGUGCCACCAACUGCCUGCCUUUGCCCGUGGCCAACAUCAGUGAUCUACCUGGGACUUCUUCACAUCUGGACAAGGCAUCCACACCCUCAGCACAGAUUGCAGUUGGCUACCACCAGGCGAGGAGCAAUCUAUUCCACCCAGGGCAUGGUGACUAGGCAGCCUCUGGCCAGGUGUGGGCCAAGGGUGAGGAAUGUCAGUGUUUGCUUACAUCUAGGAAUCAAGAACAGGCUGGUCACCAAAGUCUGUGUCACCCUGGGAUGUCCUGUUUCUUGCACCUGUGAGUCAAAGAAAAGGCCCCUGUCCCAAGGGAGUGACAGGUGAUAAUUGGCUGGGUUGGAUGGGGAGCUUUGUCUCAGCCUCAUAGUUCUGGGAAACUGCUGUUCUCCUUGGAGCGACCUCUGGGAGUUGGAGUGUUUAUUUGAUUUUGGACUGGCUAAGCCUGUAAUUUACCUACUGGAACAUACGGAGUCCAGCUGCCUGCACUGUGUUAUUAAGAGCAGGUCCUGGGCCCACCCCUGUCCACACCCAGCCCCAGUGGACCCACCUGUGAGCCCUGGGAUACACAUCUCUGGGGUUCACACUCUGUGCCCCUGAGGACGGGUCUUGGGGAAGGCAGGUGUGGCUGUAGGGGAGAGGCUGGGGCCAUGCUGCGGGAUAGCACCCCCUCCAUCGGGACCAGAGAGGGCCUCCCUGUGUGAGUGCAGAUGAAGGCACCGUCCCACGUAUGCAAAGGUGGGCCCAGGUGGUCUGCAAGAUAGUGAGUUCCCCAUGAACCGAGGGCUUCAGGGAUUGGCAGGGAAUAGACAGGACACAAGCCUGAAUGUCAAGAGACUUAGUGUUUGAACAAGUCCCCCUUCUUCUCCAAACUUCAGUCUCCCAUCUUUGACAUGAGCCCACAGGACUUGUGAUAGUUGGCUUUUUGUUACUGUAACAAAAUACCUGAGACAAUCAAGCCUGUGUUGCAUGCCUAAGGCCCUGGGUUCAAUCCCCAGUACCACACACACACACACAAAAAAUCAACUAUUCAAACCUUGAGAUAAUCAAUAAUAAAAAGGAGGAAAGAUUUAUUUUAGCUCACCCUCUCCAGGUUUCAGUCCAUGGUUUGUUGGGUCCAUUGCUUUGAGGGUUGUGGUGAGGCAGUGCAUCAUGGUGGGAGUAAGAUGCCAAGCAAAGCUAUUCACCUCUGGGAAGCUAGAGAGAGAGGAGGGACCUGGAUCCUCCUGUCCUCUUCCAAGCACCUCCAGUGACCAGAAGACCUCCUGCUAGGCCCCACCUCAAAGUUUCUAUCACUUUCCAAUAAUGCCAAGCUGGGCACUGUGGCUUUUAACACCUUGCCUGUUGGGGGACAUCCCACUCCAAACUGGCAGGAUUCUGUCAUUCCAAAGGCCCUUCUGUCAUCCUGACCCUCUCCUGUCCCACAGCCUAACACCCCAGGAUGGGACUUAAGAACUUGUCCAAUGGCUCCUUCCUCCCAGUGUCAGGCAGCAGAGACUUGGGAGCCAUGAGACAAGUGCCAGGAAUUGAUCUCUUCAGUGCCCAGCAAAUAGCCUGGUACGUUCUGGAGGCACCAGGAAAGUGCGUGAAAUGAAUGGUUUGACCUCUGUCGUGCCUACUGGGAGGUGUGCAGAGCAGGAACAUGAGGAUUGGGAUGUGGUUCCUUUUUCCUCAGGACGCUACAAGUGCAGUGGCCAUGGCUUUCCUGAUAGCCACACUCCUCACACAUGAGCUAUGCAGGCAGCCACCAAAUAGCACCUAGUAGACAAGGUCUUGAAGAAGAGAGGUGGCUGUGGACACAACCUGUGAGGUGUCAGUGUUGUUACCAAGGCUACUUGGUUCUUUGGUUGCAUCUGGCUGCCUGGGUUACACUCUCUCGACUUCACAUUACAAGAAAACUACGGGUGGUCACCCCAGUGCCUUGGGAGCAGUAAGUAAACACUGUGGGGAGGUGGAGUACAGAGGUGGCUCUGGGUAUGGGGCAAACCCCGUGGAUAUCUUCCCUGUGAUGUCCAGCUUAGCUUGCAAAGUCCUACUUUUUGUCUUUAUGCAGGGAUGUGGGCAAUGUGCCUUAGAGACCGUCCCUAUGAUUUUCAGGAAAGGCAGCUGUGGACAGGAGACCUUAGCCACAGCCCUGAGCCCGCCCUUGCCUCAUGAAGGGGUGCUGGCACCCACCCUGCCCUUGUGAGGCCUCCCUUGAGUCAGAGGUGCCCAUAGGUUUGGGCCGCCUGCCUUCCUAGGAACGGCCCUCCUCCCAGGAUGUGCCCGGGCUGCUGCUCACCUCCUCACCUUGUGCCUGCUAUGCUUCUCUUCAAACUUCACUCCCUUGGGAUGAGGUGCGGCUCUGCACUCCUGCCUGCCUGGGGAUGGAGGCAGACCAUGGUGUGGGCACUGGGGCCGCUGCUGAGGAAGUGGCAGGGGUGGCCCUCAGGCGUGGUCCUUCGCUGCUAGUAACAGCAGCGCCCACUGUCUCUGUACAGGAAGCUGAGGGAGACUUUCUGUCAAAGGUUUCUUUCAGGAAAGUCACGAGCAGGCAUUUGAGCCUCCUGCCUUGUCCCCGAUACUCACUUCUUUAAAAAUAUUUUUCCUCACAAGAAAACAUUACAUGUGUGCUAGGGAAAAUUUCAGGGGAAAAAAUUACAGCACCCCAGAAUCCCAACACAUGGUAACCAGUGUUAACAAGCCCUCCUAGCCUUUGUUCUUGGUACACACACACACACACACACACACACACACACACACACACACACACCUGUCUGUACAUGAUAUCUGGCUAUCUUUCACAGUUAGGGUCAUACUCUAUGCCUGCUUAGGAUCUGAUUUAUACAAUUUGAUAUAUUAGGAAAUUUUCUGUUAUUAAAUAUUCUUUAAAAGCACAGAUUUUAGUAGCAGUCUAUGCCUUCAAUCCUGCCCUUCUCCCUCCUCAUGGUGGCAGGCAGCCUGGGUCAGGUGACAUGGUCACAAGGUGGCCAUUAACCCAGUCCAGGGGCCAGGAGCUCUCUCUCUUCCUCUGUACCACACCUGGCACGAGCAGGGGCAGGACUGUGCAAAGGGAGCUGGGUGAUAGGGUGGAGACAGACACCUUACCUUGGAGGUCCAGGUGACCUCAGAGUAUAAGGCCACAAGUGGACCCAGUGGGUAACUUCUGGGGAAGCCUCUAAUGGGAGGCACCACUGCCUCCCUGGCCAAACCUCAGUGACAUGGUCCUCCUUGUACCCCAGUUGUAGCCCUUGUUCCACAGGAUUGUGUGAACAGUCCUUCCUCCUAGGACCUCAAGCCAGUCUGCUCCAUGUCCCCACACAUCACCCUGGAGUCAGCCAUGCAGAGGACAUCACACCAUCUUCUUCAUGGAUAUCACAACAGCCUUGAAAAGCUGGUAUUACCCUGGCCUCACUGUCCUGGUCCUAAGCACUGUGAUUGAUCAGCAGUGAGCAGAACAUUUGUGUUAAGGCGAGAGGUCCCUGCCUGAUCCCAGCCAAGGGAGCCAGCCCAGGGCCAGUGAGGGCAGAAGCCCCACAGCCAGGCAGAGAGGCAGAGCUGGCCCGGGGACACUGGGGCUGGGGGCAGCAGGCUUCUUCCCUCCUCUCCAGGUGUAUUCAGAUCUCAACUCAAAAUGAGAACCAGCCCUGCCCAGCAGAUCCCUGAUUCAGGAGCUCCUGGGAGGGAGCCUGGGGCAGGCAGCAACCCCAAGGUGGGGAGUUUCUGGUGACUGGCAGGGCUCAGCUUCAGCCAGUGAGAGAUGCAGCGAGGUGGCAAGGUCAGGCCACCAAUGGUACAGGGUACCAGACUCCAACUCCAGGCAAGAUGCCAGCUGGAGGCUCUGUCUUGAUUUUUAUGCCUCCCCAGCACCAAGCACAGUGCCUGGCAAAGAACAGGUGCUGACAUUCUUCGGGAGUCUGAUUCCAACUGUAGCUCUGCGGUGAAAUGAGUGGACUGAUUACAGGCACCUACUAGACGCAUGAGUGGCUGUGUAGGAGCAGAAGGGAACCGGGCUAACCCAGCAGGAAAGAAGAC